UUUCUCUUCUGACUUAGUACGUCAGAGUCAAUUUCCCUGAAUCUGGACUUUACUUCAUUUCAUCCAUCUCUCUCAUCCCAACCAGACAAAAAAAACCCCAGUCAAACCUGCCAUCCGCAGUCAUCUCUACUCUGUUCUACUUGUCUAGCGGUUACUCGUGCCCACCGGAGUCAACACAGAUUUAGAUUACGCGAGCGGUAUACCAGGCAAGGCUAGGCUUUGCUCCUCCUCCGUCGCCAAGUGGCAAAGAUGAUGCUCUCGCAUUGCGAUUGCUACUGAAUAUAAGAGUCCCGAUCAGCUCGCACUCUUCAACAUCCAUCCAUCCACAGCAGAUCAACCCAUUCCACAUCCAACCCACAAUCACAACAGCCCUCAUAUUUAACAUCAACCCUCCGAUCGAUCAAUCGCUUUUUCCCCCUCAUUCAAACCAAUCCUCAACCUCCCCUCAACCCCCAAAAAACAAGCCCAAUUUCAACCAUCAUGGCUAUUGCUAUUGACCAGCCCCAUGUUUUCCUGAUCUUCGGCACCGGCUGGAUCGCCACGCAAAUCAAGGAACUCCUGGAGAAGCAAGGCGUGAAAGUGGUUUCCUCUGAUGCUCGAAUUGAAAGUCGCGAGCAAGUUUUAACUGCGCUCGCCAUCCACAGGCCCACGCGGGUGAUCAACUGCGCGGGCCUGCGCGGGCUCCCCAACGCCGACUGGUGUGAGGACCACAAGAUCGAGACGGUGCGAUCCAAUAUCCUAGGUGUGCUCAACGUAGUCGACUGCUGCUUCCAAUUAGGUAUCCAUGUUACUCAGCUAGGAUCGGCCUGUAUCUAUGACACCGACCCGACCCGCGCCCCGGACGCCAACUUCACCGAGGAGGAUGAUCCCAACUACGCCGGGUCCUGGUACUCGUGCUCGCGGUUGUUGAGCGAGAAUAGCAUCAAGCACUACCCCAACCUCCUCCUCUUGAGAAUCCGCGCCCCGAUCGCGGCCGACUUCAACCCCAACAACUUGACCACCAAGCUGAUCAGCUAUAAGAAGCUGGUGAACUUGCCUGCGUCCGGAACCAUCCUCCCCAACCUUCUGCCCGGCGCAAUCCUCCUGUCCCAGGCCGGUGACACGGGCAUUUACAACCUGAUCUCCCCCUCGCCAUUCACCAACAACCAGAUCAUGACGCUCAUGAAGAAGUACAUCGAGCCCUCGCUGAACUGGGAGAACUUCGAGCUGGACGACAUGCACAAGGUGCUCAAGGCGCCGCGGUGCCACCCGGUCUUCGACUCGAGCAAGUUGAUCAACCGACUCCGCGAGCUCGGCCACGAAGUCAAGGACACCCCGGAGGCCCUGGAGGAUCUGUUCAUCGAGAUGGCGGACAAGGGGUACGGCCCAGGCGGCAAGUUGUCGCGGACCAAGCUCGCUGUUUGAAUGGCUGGAUGCGAUGAGCAACCACACAACAGCAUGACGACUCCAUCUUCUCCUUCCUUUUCUACUUUGGCAUUCGGUGUUCUGUUUUCAUCUCUUGUCUUUUCUUGUCGCUUGGGCCUAUAGACUGUUUGACUUUGACUUUUGACUUUGGAUUCUGAUUCCAAUUGAUUCUGCGGUUGUCUUCUUUGUUUCCCUGGCCGAUCAUUUUCGCCAUGCGAGUCGCUUUAAUCAAGAUGGAGACUUUCAUGCAGAAACAAGUUAUUGAUCGCUCUUGCACUUCAUGCUGUCUUGGGGAGAUAAUUCAUCAAAAUUUUUGCACAUCAAUCACUUCGUUCUUCUCGGAUUAUAUUCAGAUAAAAUGAAUCAAGACAUCUUAUCAG